AUGGCAUUGUCUGAGAUUGACUGGGAUCAGGAUGUACCCCUACCAAGGCUUGGUCGAAUCCAGGCCAAGGUGACUGUUGGUCUGGUGGCACUUCUCUGCUUCAUUAAUAGUUACGAUGGGGAGUUUGUGUUUGACGAUUCCGAGGCGAUCAUUAAUAACAAGGACUUGAAGCCAGCAACACCCUUGACCAAUAUUUGGAGCAAUGACUUCUGGGGAAGCAACCUGAGUAGUAAUUCCAGUCACAAAUCCUACAGACCGCUCACUGUCUUUACUUUUAGGUUGAACUACAUGCUGGCAGGCGGCCUUCAUCCUGUUGGCUUCCACGUGCUCAACAUCGCCCUCCACGCCAUCAUUUCCGCUAUGAUGAUAGACGUCUUCGCCCUGCUGAUUGGCGGACUGGCUUACGACAAGAGUGCUCGCGUACUAAACCGUGCUCCUAAGACUUCCUUGCUGGCUGCGCUUUUCUUCGCUGCACACCCCGUCCACACAGAAAGCGUAGCAGGCGUUGUGGGUCGGGCAGACCUGUUGUGUGCACUGUUCUUCCAGUUGUCCUUCCUCACAUACUGCAAAGCCUUCAAAAGAGUUGGGGAUAAUGGCGGCUUCUCUGUGUGGUGGAUCAUGGUUAGCCUCUCCUUAUGCGCCACUGCCAUGCUUUGUAAAGAACAAGGCAUCACCGUCCUGGGUGUCAACGCAGCUUUUGAUGUCCUCCUCAUCUGCAAUGUUGACGUGUAUGAACUGAGCCAGAGGCUACUCCUCAGAAAGACCCCUCUUAAUGCACGUGAGAAGCUGCUGACGGGCCUGCCGUUGCGAUUGGCCCUCAUGGCUCUAGGCGGUUUCUUGAUGCUUUACACCCGUUGGAGAAUCAUGGGAACUGGGCCGCCAGCGUUCACUGAAGUGGACAAUCCCGCCUCGUUUGCGGAGAACAUGUUUCUCAGAGUGGUCAACUAUAAUUACUACUACGCCCUAAAUGGCUGGUUGCUGCUGUGUCCCUGGUGGUUAUGUUUUGAUUGGUCCAUGGGCUGCGUGCCGCUCAUUAAGUCAACCACUGAUUGGAGGGUAGCGUGGCCGCUGUUGUUCUGGUGUGUCCUGAUAGGCUUAGUAGGCCAAGCCUUGUGCUCGUCAGACGGCCAGCAGAGAAGGACUCUAAGCAUGGCCCUGGUCUUGUUGGUGGUGCCAUUUUUGCCAGCCUGCAAUAUCUUCUUCCGUGUCGGCUUUGUCAUUGCUGAGCGCGUGCUCUACCUGCCCUCGUCCGGCUACUGCCUCCUGUUAGCCUUCGCCCUGGCGCACUACUGCCGCCGCUGGGGCAAGUACAAGAAUGUACUGCGCAUCUCCAUCUUAGCCUUGAUUGUCACAUAUAUAGCUCGCUGUGCUGUCCGCAGUCACCAGUGGCGGUCUGAGCAAAGCCUCUUCACCAGCGCACUUGCCGUGUGCCCCCUCAAUGCCAAGGUGCAUUACAACGUCGGGAAGAAUUUGGCCGACAGAGGCAACGCCACAGCAGCUAUUAGCUAUUACAGAGAAGCUGUCAGGCUCCAUCCCACCUACGUACAUGCCAUGAACAACUUGGGUAACAUCCUUAAGGAAAGGAACGAGCUGGUUGAGGCAGAACAGCUGCUAUCCAAAGCUGUUUCCAUCCAACCAGAUUUCGCUGCUGCUUGGAUGAAUCUGGGUAUCGUGCAAAACAGUCUGAGCAAGUUUGAGCUAGCAGAGAGGAGCUACUGGAAUGCCAUCCACUUCCGGAGGAAAUAUCCUGAUUGCUACUACAACCUGGGACGUCUGUACGCAGACCAGCAGAGACAUCUGGAUGCUCUGAAUGCAUGGAGGAACGCGACGGUGCUUAAACCUGAUCAUAGCCUAGCAUGGAACAACAUGGUCAUUCUACUGGACAAUAUUGGUAACUUGGGUCAAGCGGAGCUGAUUGGACGAGAAGCUCUGAAACUCCUCCCAAAUGACCACACCAUUAUGUUUUCAUUGGCCAACGUGCUGGGCAAGCAAGAGAAGUACAAGGAAUCAGAGGGCUUUUUCCUCCACGCGCUCCAAAUCAACCCGAAAGCAGCUGGUUGCCAUGGCAAUUUAGCUGUGCUGUACCAUCGCUGGGGCAAGCUCGAGCUGGCACAGAAACACUAUGAGUUGUCUCUCAAGUUGGACCCCGAGGCCCCGGGCACGCGAGACAACUACAACAUGCUGCGACGCAAACUGGACCAGCGCAAACGCCACGCGCCCUGA